AUGGCCUCCUCACCACCACGAUCAACCUCGCUCUCGGAGAAGAAGGACUCGGACCCUGAACGCCAACAUGAGUCCUUCCUCACCGACAACAUGACCGACAAGCCAACAGCCACCGGCGCCGGCGCUGAGACGGAAGAAGUCCUCGACCCCAAAGCCGAAGCUGCCCUCCUCCUCAAGCUCGACUCCGUCUUCGUCCCCAUCAUAAUGCUCGUCUACCUCUCUUGCUUCCUCGACCGCUUCAACAUCAGCAACGUCAAAGUCGCCGGCAUGCCCGAAGACAUCCAUGCCACGCCCGCGCAAUUCUCUACCGUCGUCUCCGUCUUCUACGCCACCUACGUCGCGUUCGAAGCGCCUUGGGCCAUCUUGUUGAAACGGCUGACGCCCCGCGUUAUGCUCACCACUUUAUGUGUCGUUUGGUCAUUAACGACAAUUCUCUCGGGGUUUAUCACCAACAUUGGGGGACUGUAUGCCGCCCGCUUAGUUCUGGGGAUGUGCGAAGGUGGACUAAUUCCGGGACUGAAUUUGUAUUUGACCAUGGUUUACAAGCGGGAGGAGCAAGCGAAGCGGAUGUCAUACCUAUUCGUAUACACGGCCAUCGCUGGUGCGUUCGGUGGGCUUCUGGCGUACUUGAUCUUAAAAAUGGACGGAAUCGGGGGCCAGGCCGGGUGGCGGUGGGUAUACUUCAUCGAAGGGAUUUUCAGCAUCCUGAUUGGACUUUUGGUGUGGUUCGCGCUGCCGAAUGAUCCCACCGAGGCCUACUUCCUGAACGAAGACGAGAACGAGGAGUUCAGCUGGGAGGAUAUCCGGAUUGCCCUGAAAGACAAGAAGAUGUGGAUCAGCGGCGCGAUCCAGUUCUGUCAGGACAUCCUGCUGUACGGCUUCAGCACGUUCCUGCCGAGCAUCAUCCAGAGCAUGGGCCACGACAGCGUCGAGGCGCAGUACCUGACUAUUCCCGUGUACAUCACGGGCGGGCGGUUCUUCAUGGCGCUGGCUUUCCUGUCGGAUAAGCUCUGUGUGAGGGGCCCGCUGGUGGCGUUUCCCAAUAUCUUUGGGAUAUUGGGGUAUAUCUUGAUCAUAUGCAAGACGAGCAACGGGGUCAAGUUCUUUGGCACGUUCCUCUGCGCUUCGGCGGUGUAUAGCGGUCCGGGACUGAACCUGACUUUGCUCAAUGUUAAUGUUGCGCCGCACUAUCGGCGGGCGGCGGCGAUCGGGUUCCAGCAGACGGUUGGAAAUACCGCGGGAAUCGUGGCGGGCCAGAUUUAUCGCGAGAAGCCGUAUUUGCUGGGCAAUGCGUUCUCGCUGGGAGCGUUGGUCGUGGCGGAGUUUUUGAUUGCCGGGUUGUGGUUGUAUGUUCGAAAGUGUAACCGGAGGAAGGAGGGGAUUGGGAAGGGGGAGAUUGAGGAUACGAGGAAGGUGAGGACGGGGGAUGGGAGCUGGAUUUUAGGUAUCAUCUGUGAACUGUGA